GAUUUUUUUUCGUGAAUCAGAAUUUCAGCUUAGAGAAUAAUGAUUUGUUCCAGAAUUUCGCAUUUAAUACUUUUUUCAAAAUAGUUUUCACAGUUAACUUAUAUUAACAUCCGAGUUAACAUCCUUUUGGAUUAUUCCUGUUCAAAGGAACUCAAAACCGAUGGAAAAUGGUUUGGAUUACCCUCAAACAAACUAAUAAAAUAUUUGUCCAUAUCAACAGAAGACUUGUGCAUCAGAGAUUGUACAGUGGUAGGAAAGGAAUAAUACUAGGAAUUGAAACCUCAUGUGAUGACACAGGUUGUGCUAUUGUUGAUACUGAGGGAAAUAUAUUGGGUGAAUCUCUGAAUUCUCAACAUUUGAUACAUCUCAACAAUGGAGGAAUCAUUCCACCAAUAGCAAAAGAUUUACAUAGAAAACAUAUAGAAAAUGUAGUUGAUGAAGCAGUAGCAUUGGCCAAUUUGAGCUUUGAUGAUAUUGAUGCAAUAGCCACUACAGUUAAACCAGGUCUACCGCUGUCUCUUCUCAUCGGAAUGAGAUAUGGUAAACACCUAUGCCGAAAAUUCAAGAAACCUUUCAUGCCAAUCCAUCAUAUGGAAGCACAUGCUUUGACAGCUAGAAUGCAUGACCCAACAGUACAAUUUCCAUUUCUUGUUCUGCUAAUCAGUGGGGGUCAUUGUUUGUUAGCGGUUGCUGUUAAAGUUGACAAAUUCUUGCUUCUAGGAGAAAGUAUAGAUGAUGCCCCAGGAGAAGCUUUUGAUAAGGUGGCGAGAAGAAUGAAACUGAAAAAUCUUCCGGAAUAUUCUCAGUUAUCUGGUGGGCAGGCUUUAGAACUAGCUGCUUCAAAAGCAAACGACCCCUUGCAUUAUAAGUUAACUAUUCCAAUGUUACAGUAUAAAAAUUGUAAUUUCAGUUUCGCAGGCAUCAAAAGUCAACUGCUGUACCAAGUUAUUAGAGAAGAAAAAUCAAAAGAUGUAGCAGCUGAUAGUCCCAUACCAGGUGUUUAUGAUAUGUGUGCCAGUUUUCAGCUCGUUGUAACCAGGCAUAUAUGUCAUAGGGUACAAAGAGGUAUGGAAUAUGCUGAACGUGCUGGACUAAUUCCACCAGAUAAGAAAACUUUGGUGGUUUCUGGAGGAGCAGCCUGCAACAAUUUUAUAGCAAAAGGUUUGAGUAUGGUAUGCGGAGAACUAGGAUAUAAAAUGGUCAGACCACAACCAAAACUAUGCACCGACAAUGGAGUCAUGAUUGCUUGGAAUGGUGUGGAAAGGUGGAAAGAAAACAUUGGAGUCUAUACAGAUUUUGAAAAUAUUACAAUUGAAAAUAAUGCACCUCUCGGCGAAAGUCUCAUAGAAGAAGUUGAAAAUCAAAGAAUCAGUUGCAAAUGGGUGAAAUUGACUCAAUUAAAUCAACCACAAGCCAGUUGGUCGAAGGAUUGAUAGUGAAGUACAUAAUAUACCAACAUAUAAACAAAUUUCUUGGUAAAAGAUGGGCACUUGUUUUAUACUUAUAGGGCACCCUGUAUAUUUCAAGAUCAUAUGUGGACCAAUAUUUUACUAUACAGGGUGUUUCCUAAUUGAAUAUCAAUAUUUGAGGAGGCAAGUCUUGAGCCCAUUUUAAGAAGAAAAUUUCAUGUGAACGUCAACUUUUAAGAUACAGGGUGGUAGAGUUCUCAAAAAUGAAAAGUUUUUCAUUAUUAUCUGUGAUACUACUCUAGAUAUUCUGAUGACAUUUGGCAUGUACUAUGUAUCAAGAGGCAUCGGCGAGUGUACAACAUUUUUUGUUGAUGGCACCACUGGCGUUCGUAUGGAAUUUUACAUACCUAUUUCAGCAGACAUUGAUGGUACGCCACUGAUUAAUCUCAAAAUUGAAAUCAUUCCUGAAAUUCUCAAUCAUUCUGAAGCAAAUUUUAUCUCCACAAUUGUUUCAAUCUGAUGCACGGUUUUCGCUCAAAAAAUAAAAAUCUGUUCACUACAUGAUCAUAACAAUAUCGUCAAUAAUAUGACGAUACCACAAUGCAGAGAAAUAUAUUUUAUUUUUUAGGUGAAAACCGUGAUUCGGACUGAAACAAUCCAAGAGAUCAAAUCAAGUGGUGUUACAGAUAUUAAUAAAAUACUAAUCAUUUUUGAGAAGUUUACCACCAUGUAUCUCAAAAGUGAAGACGUUUAGGUCAUACGUUCAUAUGAGUUUUUUUUUCAAAAUGGGCCCAAGGAUCGCCUCCUCAAAUAUUGACAUUCAAUUAGGAAACACCCUGUAUAUGAGUACCAAAUGUAAUUUUUAUAUUUAUUUGUUAAUGUUAGAGACAUCUCAUCUUUGAUAUAGUUAUGGAUAGGACU